AUGUUCAAGCUAGUGACAUCCUGCUGGCCUCAACUAAAUACUGAUAGAACUCGAAGGAAUGUGACCAUCAUCAUCAUCGGUCUGGAGAAUGCUGGAAAAACUGUUUUUGUGGAUGCCUUCCACAGACUACUUCCUAGCAAGAUACACAGUUAUAUGAAAUCUAAACUGACAACAGUUCUGCUAGAUGAAUAUGAAGUUUCUAUCUAUGAUCUGAAUGGAGAUAUGAAGGGACGAGAAAUCUGGCCCAACUACUACGCACAAGCACACGGGCUUGUUUUUGUCCUGGAUUCCAGUGACUUAGGACGCAUGCAGGAAGUGAAGACCACUUUAUCACAUCUGCUGUCUGAUGCAAGAGUGGCAGGAAAACCCAUCCUACUACUGGCAAAUAAACAAGACAAGAAUAAUGCCCUCUUACCUUGUGAUAUUAUUAAAAAUCUAUUCCUGGAAAGGAUAAUGAGUGACAACAAGUUCAUGUGCCGAUUGGAACCUUGUUCAGCUAUUCAAGACCUCCAAAGAAACAACCAUCAGCCCCUACUUGAAGGGCUGCGCUGGCUGUUAACUGCCAUUCAGAAUAAACAGGAAGAGUUGUGUGCUCACCAACAGUCACUCACCUCGAAUACCCCAACCUCCAAGGACACCAGAGGCUCUGAAGAUGAAUGUGCAUCAGUCAGCUUCUCUACCAACAUAGAAAUGACGGAGGAAAAAGAAGGACAAAAUUCAAUGGAAACUAGGCCCCUAAAGCCAAUCCUACUGAAAGAAGACAUAAGAUUAAGACCUAAAAAGAAUGUAUCAGUGACAUUUGCUUUAGAUGAACCCAUGGAGGAAGAUGAAUGUUCUGAGGUAAAUGGAACUCAAAACACUACUGAGCUUCACUACAACUAUAAAGCUGAUGUUCAGCUUCCAGCAACUUAUACCAAUGAUGACAAUGAGUACGUCUAUGAUGAUGAUGAUGAUGAUGAUGAUUAUGAUGAUGAUCUUAUUGAAGGUAAUGCUAGAUAAGUGGUUAGUCAGAGAAGAAAAAAUACAGGUGUCCCCAAAAAUGUAUACGCACUUUGAAUAAUGAUUAAUUCC